CUUUGCAGGUUCGUUGCUGACGUUUCUUUAUUCCGUGGUUCUUUCUGUCCUUUGUUCUCCCCUUCAUAUCAGAUACGACACAUCUCCACCCUCAAAGAGCUUAAAUCUGUUCUCUGGCUUUCUUAGUACACGGUGGGCUCUACCGGUUUUUAGCGAAAGUGCGAUCGCGAACUAGCAGGCGCGCGCGGGGCUUGGCGGAGGCGCGCUUGGGUUCCUGGCGGCGGCGACGACUACGACGACGAGGAGAGCGGACCGAGGCGGCGCCUGAAGCAGCGGCGGAGCCCAUGCCCCGAGACGGCAGGCGGGCCCGGAGAGACAAGUCCGGGGCCCGGGGCAUGUCCCCGGGGCCCCCGUGAGGAGGCGGCGGCGAUGGAGAUCCCGCCGCAAGAGGCGCCGCCCGGGCCGGGCGCGAACGGCGACGCGGAGGAGGCCCCCGCUGAGGCCGGGUCUCCCGGCCCGGCGUCUCCCCCCGCCGAUGGGCGCCUCAAGGCUGCAGCCAAGCGCGUCACAUUCCCGUCCGACGAGGAUAUUGUGUCCGGAGCGGUGGAGCCCAAAGACCCCUGGAGACAUGCCCAGAACGUGACCGUGGACGAGGUCAUCAGCGCCUACAAGCAGGCCUGCCAGAAGCUGAACUGCAGACAGAUCCCCAAGCUCCUCAGGCAGCUCCAGGAAUUCACAGACCUCGGUCACCGCAUUGACUGUCUGGACCUGAAAGGCGAGAAGCUUGACUACAAGACCUGUGAGGCCCUGGAAGAGGUCUUCAAGAGGCUGCAGUUUAAGGUUGUAGACUUGGAGCAGACGAACCUGGACGAAGAUGGUGCCUCAGCCCUCUUCGAUAUGAUCGAGUACUACGAGUCGGCCACCCACCUCAACAUUUCCUUCAACAAGCACAUUGGCACCCGGGGCUGGCAGGCUGCCGCCCACAUGAUGCGCAAGACAAGCUGCCUGCAGUACCUGGAUGCCCGCAGCACGCCCUUAUUGGAUCACUCGGCGCCCUUUGUGGCCCGCGCCCUGCGCAUCCGCAGCAGCCUGGCGGUGCUGCACUUGGAGAACUCCAGCCUGUCAGGACGGCCCCUCAUGCUACUUGCCACAGCCCUGAAGAUGAACAUGAACCUGCGGGAGCUGUACCUGGCUGACAACAAGCUCAAUGGCCUGCAGGACUCAGCCCAACUGGGCAACCUGCUCAAGUUCAACUGCUCUCUGCAGAUCCUGGACCUCCGUAACAACCAUGUGCUAGACUCAGGUCUGGCCUACAUCUGUGAGGGCCUCAAAGAGCAGAGGAAGGGGCUGGCGACCCUGGUGCUGUGGAACAACCAGCUCACGCACACGGGCAUGGCCUUCCUGGGCAUGACGCUGCCGCACACACAGAGCCUGGAGACUCUGAACCUGGGCCACAACCCCAUUGGGAAUGAGGGUGUGCGGAACCUCAAGAAUGGGCUCAUCAGCAACCGCAGCGUGCUGCGCCUUGGCCUGGCCUCCACCAAGCUCACGUGCGAGGGUAGGGCACGGGCCGGGGCCAGGGGAGCAGGGCCAGCGGGGCGCAGUGGGGCGGCCAGCCGGGCGUGGGGCCCAUGGCCAGCCCCUGCGGUCCCCCUCCCAGGCGCGGUGGCAGUGGCAGAGUUCAUCGCCGAGAGCCCCCGCCUCCUGAGACUGGACCUCCGGGAGAACGAGAUCAAGACAGGCGGGCUAAUGGCACUGUCGUUGGCCCUCAAGGUGAACCACUCACUGCUGCGCCUGGACCUUGACCGCGAGCCCAAGAAGGAGGCGGUGAAGAGCUUCAUUGAGACGCAGAAGGCGUUGCUGGCCGAGAUCCAGAACGGCUGUAAGCGCAACUUCGUGCUGGCGCGAGAGCGGGAGGAGAAAGAGCAGCGGCUGCAGCUGUCAGCCUCCAUGCCUGAGAUCACCAUCACCGAGCCCCCGCCCGAUGAAGAGGCCGGGCACGAAGAGCCUGGGGACGAGCCUGCUGCUGGGGUGCAGAACGGAAACCCGAGCCCUGGGCCUGGCCCAGACUCGGACUCAGACUCAGACUCUGAUGGGGAGGAGGAGGAGGAGGGUGGGCAGAGGGGUGAGGCCGGCAGUGGUCAGAGCCCCUCAGCCCCCUGCCCUGCCCUGGUGCCCCCAACGGACUCCCUGGGCCCUGGGGACAAGAGCCCCCCAGGUAGCCCCUCCUCCCCCACCGAGCAGCGUAUUUCUGUGUCCAGCCCAGGCCGGGGCCACAAGGUGUUUGUGGUGACCCGGGUGGAGAGUCCACCUGAGAGGGCGGAGCCCCCUGAGACCCUUGCUCCUCCCUCCGCUCCUCCUUUAGCCCCUCCUUCUCCACCUGCCUCACCUGCCCUACCGCCAGCUGAGGCCACUGGCACCCAGGACCCAGGGUCAUCUGAGUCUCAGCCACAGCCACAGCCGGAGCCGCCUCGGUCAGGGCCCCCACUGCCCAACGGCCUCAAGCCUGAGUUUGCCCUCGCACUGCCCCCAGAGCCACCCCCAGGGCCUGAGGCCAAGGGGGGCAGCUGCGGCCUGGAACACGAGCUGAGCUGCUCCAAGAACGAGAAGGAGCUCGAGGAGCUGCUUCUGGAAGCCAGUCAGGAAUCUGGGCAGGAGACACUGUGACACUUUAGUUCCUUUUUUCCAGUCGGUCUUCGAUGAGCUGAGGCCAGAGCCAUGAGAAUCUGCCCACCCUCACCCCCAGCCUUCCUGAGGCCCAGGACGCCUGGGGGGUGGGGGCCAUUCUGGGGACCCUCCUUCCCCCACAGCAACACUACAAGGGGUACAGGCACUACAGGGAGUGGCAUUCCUGGCCCUGACUUAAGCACUUGUAUUUAUGUGUCCACCACUUGAAGACUCUGGGCUGGAGAGCAGAUGUGGGGAGGAGAAGGAAGAGGCCUCCACAAGGCUGGGCUCUUGUUCCGGAGGGCCCCGUUCGGCCAGGCUGCCCUGUUGAGGGCAGGAGUCCUGAGUGGUGGUGGGAUGGUGUCUGGGUGGCUCCGGCUCAGGACCAGGCAGAGAGCAUGGAAUGGGAGGGGCAGUGAGUGAUGGUGGUGGUUGACAUUCGUAGAACAGUCCCAGACAGGGUGAGGGCUGGGUCCGGGGUGGGGGACGGGAGCAGAGGAUUGGAGCUUUCUUCUUAAGUGCAAUAAAUCUAUCAGGGAGCUGGGGCGGGCACAGUGGGGUUCCAGGGACCUGCUGCCCAGGCCACGUGAGGCUGCACCCUGAGAGGCACUACAACCUGAGGGUGGGGGCCGGGAGGCGGGCGGGCAGAGGGCAGGGGAGCGUCUGCUCCUGUUGGUGCAACUCUGUUCACACCUUUUCUAAUAAACCGGGGCUGGGUUCACCAUU